AUGGAAAACCAGAUGAAGCUCAACUUCAUCAUUUUUCAGAUGCAAUUGGAGAAAUCUGUUUUCUGGACUGAUAGUACCACUGUGCUGAAGUACAUUUCCAAUGAAACCAGAAGAUUUAACACCUUUGUUGCAAACAGAAUUUCUGUUAUUAGAAAAGCAACAGAUGUGAAUCAAUGGAGAUACAUUUCCUCCAAGGAAAACCCUGCAGAUGACGGAUCCAGAGGCCUGAGAGCAGAGGACUUCCUUAAAGGUGGAAGAUGGAUACAUGGUCCAGAAUUUCUCUACAAGUUAGUGGAGGAAUGGCCUAAACUGGAUGUCGAUCACAGUGUAGUUUCUGUAGAUGACCCUGAGGUCAAAAAGGACCUGACUGUGAGUGUUAUUGUGAAAGAAUCACAAGAAGCUGCAAACCAACUCAUUCAUUACUUCUCAUCUUGGACAAAACUUAAAACUUCUGUGGCCUGGAUUUUAAAACUGAAAAGGAUCCUGCUGUUGUUGGGACAGAAGAGAAAGGAGUGUGUUGCUGUUUCUACCAACAUUAAUAAAGCCAAUCUGGAGACUCAAAAGACAGAGGUAGAAAAGAACAAGGACAGAUUUAAGUCCACUCUGAAGCAAGAAAAUCUAACUCCAGAAGAUUUGGACAAGGCAGAACAAGCCAUUAUUCAGUACGCACAACAACAGGAAUUCAAAACUGAAAUAGCUUUGAUCAACAAUGGCCUCCAAGCAGUCCCAAGAGAAGUUCUCUCUACAAGCUUGAUCCAGUGAUGACUGCUGGGGUCCUUAGAGGGGCGGCCAUUUAAACAAAGCAGCCAUGCCAAUGGAAGCAAAGCAUUCUGCAAUCCUGACAAAGGACAUGUAUUUGUCAACAUUGAUUUUACGUCAUAUCCACCAAAGGUUGGGACAUGCAGGAAGAGCUCACAUGUUGUCAAAACUAAGACAAAAGUAUUGGAUAAUCAAUGCAAAUUCAACUGCCAGAAAAAUCAUCUCUCAUUGUAUUGUGUGCAGACGCAACAGAGGAACGUUUGUGGAA